UUGAGCCAGGUGUAUUAAAACAACACAACAAUACCAAACACGAGCCAGGUGUAGUAAAGCAGGGCAACAAUACCCAGUACGAGCCAGGCGUAGUAAAGCAGGGCAACAAUAUCCAGUACGAGCCAGGUGUAGUAAAGCAGGGCAACAAUACCCAGUACGAGCCAGGUGUAGUAAAGCAGGGCAACAAUACCCAGUACGAGCCAGGUGUAGUAAAGCAGGGCAACAAUAUCCAGUACGAGCCAGGUGUAGUAAAGCAGGGCAACAAUACCCAGUACGAGCCAGGUGUAGUAAAGCAGGGCAACAAUAUCCAGUACGAGCCAGGUGUAGUAAAGCAGGGCAACAAUACCCAGUACGAGCCAGGUGUAGUAAAGCAGGGCAACAAUACCCAGUACGAGCCAGGUGUAGUAAAGCAGGGCAACAAUAUCCAGUACGAGCCAGGUGUAGUAAAGCAGGGCAACAAUACCCAGUACGAGCCAGGUGUAGUAAAGCAGGGCAACAAUACCCAGUACGAGCCAGGUGUAGUAAAGCAGGGCAACAAUACCCAAUACGAGCCAGGUGUAGUAAAGCAGGACAACAAUACCCAGUGUGAGCCAGGUGUAGCAGGGCAACACAACAAUACCCAGUGUGAGCCAGGUGUAGCUAAGCAAGGCAACAAUACCCAGCCGGAGCCAGGUGUAGCUAAGCAAGGCAACAAUACCCAGCCGGAGCCAGGUGUAGCUAAGCAAGGCAACAAUACCCAGUGUGAGCCAGGUGUAGCUAAGCAAGGCAACAAUGCCCAGUGUGAGCCAGGUGUAGUAAAGCAACACAACAAUACCCAGUGUGAGCCAGGUGUAGCGAAGCAACACAAUACCCAGUGUGAGCCAGGUGUAGCUAAGCAAGGCAACAAUACCCAGCCGGAGCCAGGUGUAGCUAAGCAAGGCAACAAUACCCAGUGUGAGCCAGGUGUAGUAAAGCAACACAACAAUACCCAGUGUGAGCCAGGUGUAGCUAAGCAAGGCAACAAUACCCAGCGUGAGCCAGGUGUAGUAAAGCCAUCCAGCAGUGGCGGGAUGCGUGAGGUGCUGGAGAUGGCUAAAGGCACUCCAGGAGAGGCGGCGGGCCUGAAAGGGUUCCUCAGUCUUCACGACCACCCGGACCUCAAUGACAUCUUCCACACUGGCAAUAUUGAGGAUGAUUACGAUGUUGAAAAGGAACCUAUUGCAAGGGGAAAAUUCGGGGCCGUGCGGCGCGCCCGACACCGCGCCACCGGCCAGGUCUUCGCCGCCAAGUAUGUGCGUCGGCGGCGUCGGAAUGUGUCCCUGGAGGACGAGGCGAGGCACGAGGUGGCGGUGCUGGUGCUGGGCAGGCGUGACCCUCAUAUUGUGAGCCUUCACCACGUCUAUGAAACGCGCACCGAGUACAUCAUUCUCUUGGAGUUCGCUGGUGGAGGGGACCUGCAGCGUCUCCUGGACGAGGCGGUGUCCCUGCCCGAGUGUGAGGUGAGAGGUCUCCUGAAGCAGGUCCUCCGUGGCCUGGCCUUCCUCCACUCUCAAUCCAUCGCACAUCUCGACAUUAAGCCCCAGAACCUAGUCAUGAUGGGUGACUCUCCUGAUGCAGGUGUGAAGUUGGUGGACUUCGGGUUGUCGCGGGUUAUUGCUCCGGGAGCAGAAAUCAAACAAAUCAUGGGCACUCCAGACUAUGUAGCUCCUGAGGUGAUUAACUUUGAACCAGUGAAUCUCUACACUGACAUGUGGGCUGUUGGAGUGCUGACCUAUGUCUUCUUGACUGGAUGCACACCAUUUGGAGGAGACACUGAUCAAGAAACAUUUGUUAAUAUUACCCAAGCAGAGUUUGAUUUUCCAGAAGAAUUAUUUUCAGACAUCUCUGAACAAGCAAAGGACUUCAUCUGUGGUCUUCUUGUCAAAAAGCCAAGUGACAGAAUGACAGUAGAUGAUUGUCUUAGCCACACCUGGAUGACCACACCGCUGCCACCUCUUCGCCCCUCUGUCAGUACAGAGUCUUAUGAAAACCAAGAGGAAGAGUCAACGAAUUACCAUGUCUUUGACUCCUGUGAUUAUCGUUCAUCAUUUCCUGCCUCCAAUGAGCACUUGUACCCAUUGCCUGAGACUGACCAUGCAGACUCUGCCUAUUCCAGUGACUCCAGCAGCAGUCCAACAUUCACUGAAGGAUACAGCUCCCUGGUGGUCCCACCACUCUGUCACUGUACCAUCCCAGAAGAACAACACCAACAACUCCAGCAGCAGCAGCAACAGCAGCAGCAUCAGAAGCAUGGAAGACCACAAAUGGCAAUGAGUAGUAUUUCUAUGCUAGCUCGAAGGCAGCGCAACAAAGGUCACCAUUUUAGUGUUGAUAUGGAGGAGACACUACGAUCUUUGCGCCAACACCAGCCUGUGCGGGCUACCAGGCGUGCAUCUCUGGUCCUCGAUGAUCCUAGGUACCUUCACCAAGCUGCACAACAUCUUCAUGACAUUGUCAGACCAGUGGCUGAAGUUCAACGCCCAUUAAUUGAGGAAGGAGUCCUUACACGAGACUCUGAUGUAGAUAGUGGAGUCUCCUGUCAUGACUGUGAAGAAUCACGUGUUGAAAGUCAACGAUUAUGUCACUCGGAAUCAUAUGAUGGUGGUGAUGCUGCCAGUGUAGUGUCUUGGGAUGACUAUGCUGAUCUUGGGGGACGUAGGCCUUCUGUUAACCAAUUUGAUCCAGCUACUUUAUGUUCAGUUACAAAACCAUGGGAGAAAUUGUGUAAUGGCUCUGUUUCACGAGCCAUUACACAACUAACUGUGAAAAAAGUUCCAAACAAUUCUGAUCUUAGAAGCUCAAAGACUGAUCUUAGAGGCUCUAAAGUUGACCUAAGAGGCUCUCGAAAUGACCUUCAUGCUUCCAAGUCAGACUUAAGAGCAUCAAAAGUUGAUCUUAGAGCAUCAAAACUAGAUCUCAGGGCUUCAAAAUCUGAUUUAAGGGGUUCAAAAUCAGAUAUACGAGCAUCUAAAUCUGAUCUUAGGGCUUCUAAGGCUGAUUUAAGAGCAUCAAGGCAAGAUCUUAGGGCAUCAAAACCAGAUCUUCGAGCAUCUAGACCUGAUCUUCGAGCAUCUAGACCUGAUCUUCGAGCCUCUAGACCUGAUCUUCGAGCUUCAAAAUCAGAUCUACGUGCUUCAAAAUCAGACUUAAGAGCAUCCAAAAGUGACUUACGAGCCUCAAGAACAGAUCUUAGAGGAUCAAGGACAAAUCUUACUCUCUCUAGGUUGGACCUUGCCCAUGAAACCUUGGACAAUGAGUGUGUUGUGGAGGAUGAGGGGGAGGAUGUGCUCCGCUGCGACCUGACACUGCCCAGACGUAAGAACAUUGACAUGUCAGCUCUUGCGCCUUUCAUGAGGGGUAACUCCCUACACAUGAGUUUCCGGACGCCGAAGCGCAGGGAUAUGAACAUUUGAUGACACUUACAUCUUAUGACAUCACUCCAUUUGUACUUAAUAUACGAUGAUGCUAAUGUGUUCUAGUCAUAACUUAUGUAGAAUAUGAGUGUGUGAAAGUGUAUACCGCUGCUUGAGUGUUUGAUAAACUUCAAGAACAUGUCUCUUAGGUUUCUGUUAAUAAUGUAUGGUAUACAGUACUAUGAGAACUAGAUUUAAUAUUUUAUCCCAAAGUCAAUGUCACCAAAGGCAAGGAGAUUAAUGUUACUAUUUCUGACUGCAAGUGACUGUAGUGGAGGUGAUCAAGAUGUAAAAAAUUAUGCUUGUAUUCUGAAGCAUAGUAAGAAAAACAAAGCUUCAUUCCAUGAGGUUACUUUUCCUCCUAAUGAUGACAGACUGAUGAUGUCAUGUGCUACUGAUAUUGCAUUUAUCAGAUGAAAAUGUACUAAUGAAAUUGGGAGCCCUUUCCUGCCUCCUUGGUUUCUGCAGAUCACCGAAAUAUUACCAUUAUUGAUUUUUAUUGUUAUGUAUUUGACAAAAUAAGUUAAUAUUUUAUCAUAAUACAUGAAGAGUAAAUGAGACCAAUCAUGGAAUACAGUACUUGAAUAGCUUGUAAUAAUAAUUGGUCUUUUUACUAAUCAUGGGCAAAAGAGGCUUUCUACCAUACCACAAGCUGUGUUCUAUGGACCUGGUGAAUUGUGCUGGCAUGCAGCACUUGGCCCGUCUGAAGCACUCUCAUGUACAUAUUAUCAAUGAUCUUUUCAAAGAAGAAACAUUUCCAAGAAAACAUUCCCCUAUUAGUGAAGUACUGUUUUCGUUUAACAAAUUGCCUUAAUACUCUUAGAUAGUGAUUUGAAAUCACAAGUACAUGGUGUAUCAAAGAAAAUAUUGAAGUUGUACGACGGAAUCAAACCCACAUUGUCCAUUCGAUUGUGCGUGUACCUGGAGAAUCCAGGAAUGUGGGUUUGACCCCAUCAUAUGGCCUCAAUAUAUUCUCAUUGAUUUGAACUAGAAUGUAUUUUAUAUAUCAAAAGAUUGCAUGUGGUAUUUGAUGACUUUGUUACAAUGUGAAAAAAUUUAAAUUAAUUAUGAAUGUUAGUAGAGUCUUAAUGCACACUGAAGAUCACUCAUUCACUUUAACAAUCAUGCAGGUGCUAUAGUAAUUAAAGUUCUUAUAGUUCUAUAUAUUUUUGUGGUUAUCUUUUAUCUUUAUCUAUUAUUUAUAAGAUUUCUUAAUACUUGUAUGGCUUCAUCAUAAAUAUGAUACAUUCU